AUGAUGUCGACAAAGGAGAGAGUGGUGCCACCGGCAAGGCAACUAGCAAUUGUAGAUAAAAAGAGAGGAGGAGGACCGUCGGUAUUGAUGGAUUCAUUUUUUAAGGCUCUUGCUUUAGUGUUGAAGGUUGAUAGAUUGAUUUUGAGCGAAGUAUCUAUGCCCUCGGAUUCAAAGAGUAGGAGAUCAUAUUGGUGUAGCCUUUUGCCUGCUGCUUCUUUUCUUUUUCUUAUUUUCUUUGCAGCAUAUGCUUUUAUAGCUCCAGAUUACAAAGAGAAUCAAUGCAGGCCUCCUGGAAGUGAGGCCUUACCUGAAGGGAUUGUCUCAAAGACUUCUAACUUUCAAAUGAGACCAUUAUGGGGUUUUCCAGAGAAGGAUGAAAAUUCUUCAAUCAACCUAUUUGCAAUGGCUGUUGGAAUAAAGCAAAGAGUUCUUGUCAAUGCGAUGGUAAAAAAGCGGUUCUUGCAUCCUGAUAUAGUUGCUGAAUACAGUUACAUUUUCCUAUGGGAUGAGGACCUUGGAGUGGAAAAUUUCAAUCCUAAACAUGAAGGGUCCAGGAAGGGUAUUAGCUACAUUCAUGGGUUACUCAUCACAAUAGACCCAUCACUGCGGCCUUAUGAGGAGCUUCCAAAGGAUCCUAGAACUCAAUAUAGACAAUGUCACAAGUAUGUUUCAAUUGUUAAAAGUGAAGGGCUUCAUAUAUCACAGCCAGCACUUGGUUAUACAUCUCUGAUACAUCAGCAAAUUACUGCCCGGGCAAGCAAAUCAGGAGUACACAGGAGGACUUACAAGCCUGGUCUUUGUGAUGGAAAUAGUACAGCACCUCCAUGCACGGGGUGGGUAGAAAUGAUGGCCCCUGUUUUCUCAAGAGCUGCAUGGCGCUGUGUGUGGUAUAUGAUCCAGAAAUAUAACAGUAGUGCAUUGAGGAAGGCUGCUUGUUUAUUUCAGAAAGUGAUUAAAGCAGACACAGCCUACUACUUUUCAUGGGUUCUUAAGGGUGAUCGAACAAAAAAUAUUGGUGUUGUGGAUGCAGAGUACAUAGUUCAUUAUGGUCACCCAACACUUGGAGGUGUGGUUGAAAAUGAGGCACCAUCUCGUUCUCAUAAAAAAGGUUCUAGAAUGGAAGCGCGAUCUCAUUCACGGAAAACAGAUCCUAGACUGGAAGACAUUGUCCUAUACUUAGAAAUUGUCUUCAUCAAAGUAGGUGAGGAGGCAGUCCUUGAUGGAAUUGAAAAUUUUUCAAAAACGAUGGAAAGAGGCCGUUGA